AGGUAGGGAAAGGAACAGGGCGAGGGUUUUGUUGUGACAGUUCCAGACGUUGCUAGAACGUGCCAGUUUUGAAAAGGGCGCGUUGGAACGAGUACGCUUUAUUGGCGAGUAAGAAAUAAAUAUCCCAAAAAAUGGGUUACAGUACGAUACAACAUUUGGUAAAGCCUUCUUCGAUUGAACGCUAUAGGAAACGAAACGUCGCAUCGCUAUGCUGGAUCUGCCGUACGAAGCAGAGUACCGCGGACAGCUCACACAUCUAGGCUACAAAGAAAAGGAUGUCGUGAAGGAAGCAUUCUUGCGCCAGGAAUGGAAUAUGGGCAGUGCACGAGUUUUGAGUCUGCUGCAGGAUGCCAACAUCCUAACAGCGAGUGAAUAUAUGCUAAGUCUAGAUACAAUCGAGUUAAUGCAACAGAUUAUGAACGAUCUUUUGGAGACGGAGUACAACCUGCUUGCACACAUUAUCAGGUACGCUUAUCAAGAUAAUGUUCAGUCACAGUCGCUCACCAAUAUCCUGAAGGAAAGCUUCCGUUCGUUGCUGAAUGAUUUGAAGGAGACCCCGAAUGUAAUUCCUCGCUGUUAUUUGCGUUCGCUAAAACCACAUUUGCUACCUUUGGAACUGAAAAAGGUAGUAGAUGAUCAUUUACAGUUGCUACUAGUAGGUGGCGAUACAUUCGAAGGUCUAGAUGAAGCCAUCGGCAAACAGGGGCCGUGGCGUGAUGAAUUGAAAACACUCCGUCGCACAGUUCUCGAGCAGAUGUUCGUAGAAUUAGUUCACGACAAAACUCACUUUAUCAAUGUGUUGAAAGAUUUCUGCAAAAAAUCUUGUCCAUUUUCGCUCAAAUAUGCACUGUAUCUGUUGCAUGUAAUGGCACAGGACGGAAAAUCGGAAGACAAAUUGUUGAAAAACUUCGUCAAAGAUCUGUUUCGCUCGGUAGUCGAAAUCGGGUCGAUUAGUGAGAUGAAGCUAAUGUUUCUGUUUGCACGGGAAAUCUGCACCGCAAACGAAAGCAUAAUGGGGACCUAUUCCGUCUGGUACAAGCAAACGAUCGGUGAAAUGACGUACAGUGUGAAGAAACCUCAGUUCAUCAGUACGAUGGAGCUGCUAACUGCGCUUUUACCAUUGGAGCAGGAUCUGGAGCUGCUCGGCGUCCAUUUAACCAUUGCCAUUUCUGCCCCGGCCAAGUGUAACGAUUACGUGUUAAACUACAAGCAACUGUGUCGGGCUCAUAUUGCCCAGCUGAGAGCAUCCGAUAGUGCUACGAUCGUGGUAGAAGACUGAGCUCGAUG